AAAUAUGUUUUUUCCCCAGUCUCUGAAGAAACUAAAUCAUGCCAAUGUGGUCAAAUUAAAAGAAGUUAUCAGAGAGAAUGACCGUCUCUAUUUUGUAUUUGAGUACAUGAAAGAAAAUCUUUAUCAGCUGAUGAAAGAUAGAAAUAAGUUGUUUCCUGAGUCAGUCAUCAGAAACAUAAUGUAUCAAAUUUUACAAGGUCUAGCUUUUAUCCAUAAGCACGAGAAAAUAAGAUGUUCACUGAGAAUGAAAUUAGGAACAUUAUGUUUCAGGUGCUUUCAGGCUUAGCUUUUAUGCACAAACAUGGUAAGCAUUUUGAUCACACAGCAAUACUGUUAACACUUGGUAACUUUUUUUAUUGUGGCAUAUAUUCAGGGGCCCAUUUACUAAGAGUCGAAGUGAAUUUUUGAAUUAAAAA